AUGGGUUACCCCAGAUCACACAGCAGUGGUUUAAGUUGGGAACCCCGUUCCCGCACCGUGGAGCAGGUCCACCUGCGCUGCACCGAGGGCUCCCUGGAAUGGCUGUACCCAGCACGAGCCCUGCGUGUUGUCCUGGAGCCCAACCUGUCGAGCACCAGACACACCACUGUCUGCAUCAAGCCAGCGAGUGACUUCCAGGGUGCCAGCAUCUACGUGGAGCGCGCUGGCCAGCUGCACCUGGUGGUGAGCGAAGCUGAGGAGGCGCGGCUGCGCCACGUGUCCUGCUUCAGUGCCCACACGCCACAGCGGGUCGCCCUUUUCCUGCAGGCCAGCCCGCAGAGGGAUAUCAGCCGCAGGACGGCCAGCUUCCAGUACGAACUGCUGAGCAACCAAAGCACGGCGGGCCCUGACUUCCAGAAAAUGGCCCUUGUGGAAGCGAUGUGCCGUCCUUGUGACAACAUGGAGCUUCUGCUGGCCAUUUGCAGUAGUGAUUUUGUGGUGAGAGGAUCAAUCCGAAAUGUUUCCCAUGACCCUGAAAAUCACAUGUCCCAGGUUGAAGUCAGCGGCCAGAAAGUCUACAGGCAGAAAAACAGAAUUUUCCGACAGGAUGAAGCAACGGGUGAAUGGAGGGGCACCAUAAAAACCCUGCUGCAGUGCAAGGUAAAGAAAGGUGCUGGAGAUUUCCUGUUCACUGGCAAUGAACAUUUUGGAGAAGCUUGGCUGGGCUGUGCCCCUAGAUUUAAGGACUUCAAUUCUAUUUACCAAACAGCCAGAGAACGGGGAACAAACCCAUGUGAGUUUCAGUUUAGCUGA